CCGUUUGUUUGCUCUCUGCGCCGCCUCCGCCAUGCUCGCAACCCAAAUGCCCCCUCCGGCUUCACAUCUUCGCACUGCCUCGUCUUCGUCGGGCGCUGAAGCAGCAGCUUCGCUCCCGGUCAUGUCUCCAGCACUCCCUUCACAGCAUCAACACUCGACCGCGCCUGCGUCGCAUCCGCACUCCAGCAUGUCCUGCGGCCUCACCUCGAAGGCGCCUAACCGGCCUGCGCUCUCGCGGCCGAAACUCACGCUCCAGACCUCGUCGCUCCCCAUGUCCUUCAGCACCUCGUCUACGGGCCUCUCGCUCUCGCUGGCUACAGGGCCGACGGCGUCUCCUACCGUUCGUAACACCUUUAAGAACGCCUACGACGUGACCUACCCGUCCUCGGCGACCAUCUCGCCGUCUCGAUCGACCGGCAACCGCUUUUCCAAGCCGUCGUCGCCGUAUACCCCAAGCAACCCGUACCAGCUGCCUAUCGGCGUCAAGAGCAUCCUCCGCAACUCGUACCUGGAAUCGUCCAAACGACGGGCCAACUCUGUCGGCCCGUCCAACGGGUCAUCGGGACGCCGGGUAUUCUUCCCAACCAAAAAGCAGGUCAGCUACCGGUACCCGCUCGAAGAAGAGAUCAAGACCAUCAAGUAUACAGCCGCACACUCGGAUCUGGUCUCUGACUCGGAGUCUGGGUCCUGUGAAACAAGCUCUGACGACGACUCGGAUUACUCCACUUCGAGUCUCGUCUCGUCCGAUACUACGCCCUCAGAUGAAGAGACGAAUACGUUGGAGAAGAAGAAAAAGAAGCGAAAAUACCGCAGCAACGAACGCCAAGUCCGCGCCGUCGCUCUCAUGGAAGGACUGAAAGACCCGUACUCCUCGCAGAGCCAAACACCACAGACGCCCCGGCAAGGCCGUCUCAAGCGCCGUCGCGAAUGGAGGUGGACACUUGGGCCGCUUGAAGAAGCUGGAACCGCGACAGAUUCAUCACAACCUGGUUCAGGCUCCCCGGCACCCGCUCCCUCAGGAUCAGAACCGCAUCGGGAUCCAGGAGAACCCAGCACGCCGGCCCCCAACGCGACCUCGACGGCCCCAUCUCAGCCACCGCCGCAACCGCUUCCAGUCUCGCUGCCGGCGCACCAUGACACAUCCGACGCAAACACCGCUUCCUCGCGAGGAACAGAAGAAUCAGACCCUAAACCGCCCCAAUAACCAGCGGUGGGGCACUUUGCACUCAUCUACACCUGCAUUGCAUAUAAUGCGCAACGCUCGCAUUCAGCUUACGAUUUAUGCAUCAUCAUAGAACAUUUCUGCGUUCAUUCUCACACUGGACUCGGCAUUGCCAUUUUCACACCGUAUCUAUAUUGGUAUCAGACUGCCGCUUUUUCUUUCCUAUUUAUAGACUUUACUUUAUUCAUGGAUACCCGCCUACGCUAUGUUACGGAGUGGGACCAGCACUCAGCAUCCCCUCGUAUCCAUUUCUUCUAUUUUUCCCUUUUUUUUUUAUUCUUUUCUUCUACUUUCUCUCUUAUAUAUACCUUCUACAUACCUAAUUAUUCAUUCGUUCACGUUGCAAGUACCAUAUUCAUACCAUCACUCGAGACCCAC